UACAGUGUGAAUAUUUUAAAGUGGGAAGUAUAGUAGAUGUCAAAUACAAGAAAAAUAAAUAUUUUAAAGCAUGUAUUCUCGUUAUCACAAAUACGAAGGAGGCAGCAAAAAUAAAACUCCAGCAGCUAGAAAGCUAUACUUCAUCAAAUAAGAGUACUCCUGCUGAUUGUCGCCCCAGUGCCAGUGAAUCAACUUGCCCUUUUAAUCACUGGCCUGAUCCUGCGCUAUCCAGUGGUGAUCAAUCUGAGGAACAGUUUGCAGUACCUGCAAGAAAUGAUGACUCCUGUGUUCUGUCCAUUGGUGAAAUGUCUAAUGAACAUAUUCUAAUACCUGCAAGUAACAUCAACACCCAUGUGCUGUCCAGUGUUAAUAUAUCUGAUGAACAAUUUGCCAUACCUGCAAGAAAUGAUGACUCCUGUGUUCUGGCCAGUGGUGAAAUGUCUAAUGAACAUAUUCUCAUACCUACAAGUAACGUCGACACCCAUGUGCUGUCCAGUGUUGAUAUAUCUGAUGAACAAUUUGCCAUACCUGCAAGAAAUGAUGACUCCUGUGUUCUGUCCAGUGGUGAAAUGUCUAAUGAACAAAUUCUCAUACCAGCAAGUAACAUCGACACCCAUGUGCUGUCCAGUGUUAAUAUAUCUGAUGAACAAUUUGCAGUACCUGCAAGAAAUGAUGACUCCUGUGUUCUGUCCAGUGGUGAAAUGUGUAAUGAACAUAUUCUUAUACCUACAAGUAAUGUCGACACCCAUGUGAUUUCCAGUAGUGAUAUGGCUGAUGAAAAUUGUCCCAUAACAGCAAAUACACAAGACACUGAUAAAGCUGAUGAUCGUGCAUUUUCCGGAGGUGAUAUGUGCGAGACUACACUAGUCCAUUUGAAUUCAACUGCUGAAAAUUUAUCCUCGCAUGAAGCUUUCAGUAAACCUUUUAAUGAUGGUGUGCCAGUUAAAGAUAAUCCAAUUAUACCACAAUAUUUCAAGCAUAUUGAUAUGGCUGGGGUAAGUUAUCCAACAGUUACGGUUCUUGUUGCGGAUAAUAGUGAAUCUUCCCAUUUAACCACAACACAAAGUAGAAAUGUUCAGUUAGGAGUAAGUUCUCAAGAAACAUCAGGGUCCAAAAUGAACUACCUAGAUGAAUCAUCCGAAGAUGAAUUGUCUUUACUGUACUCUUCGGACAGUUAUAAAAUAGGAUCAGAUGAAUUAGAAACUUCAGAAUCAAAUUUUGAUGAACCCAUUUAUAAUCGUAAAAGAAAAAAAGAAAUUGACAUAACUACAGCAGCUACUUCUAACGUGAAAAAAUUUUUAAAAAGUAAUACUAACGAAAAAGUUAAAAAUAAUAAUGCUAGAAUAGACUGCAAGCAAUCGACACACAGUCCUGAAUUCCGAGAAGAAAUUGCUAGCAGUUCCAAGGCAAAUAUAAGAACUGCUAGUAAAAUGGGAAGGAAAAAAAAACAAGAAGUGAACUUAGUUUCAUCAAGUGAUGCAAGUGAUUGCUCAGAUCCUGAGAGAAUUGGAAAUGUUCCUAUGAGGAAGAGAAAAGGUGGAAACAAUCGAAAUAAAAGAAAAGAAAACAUUGAUAAAGGAGAGCCAUAUAUAAGCAGUAAAGGUUUUCCAGUCCAUGGUAAGUCAGUUAAACCUAAUCCAUGCCAUAAAUGUAGACUGCAUUGUGCAAGUAUCAGCGAAGCAACCCAGCAUGAAAUAUUUUCAACUUAUUACAGUACAUUGACAAGACAGCAGCAAAGAGACUGGUUACGUUCACAUAGCACAAAAAUCCCCGUUAGCAGAAGAACUACAGGAAGACCAUCAGGACGUAAUUUCACUUACAGAUAUCACAUAGAGAUAGAUGGUAAAGUUGUUUAUGUAUGCCUGCAAUUUUUGAUGGCUACACUUGGUAUUUCAAAAAAGCUAUUGCAAUAUUCAUUACAAAAUAUGUCAAUAUUGAAGACUGCAAAACCAGACCAAAGAGGAAAAGCACCCAGCUGUAUGAAAACACCAGAUUCAGCUAGCAAAGAAGUAGAAAUUUUCAUCAAGGAUCUUCCAGCAGUACCCUCUCAUUAUAAUAGAGCAAACAGCAACAAAAGGUACUUACCUGCCAACCUGAACAGACGUCUUGUAUACGAGGACUAUAAAAAAUAUCUGACAGAAAAAGGAAAAUCUAACUUUGUGUCCCUUCAAGUAUUUAAGAAAAUAUUUAAUAAAUUCAAUAUUGGAUUCCACAAACCAAAAAAAGAUAAAUGUGUUACUUGCGAGGAAAUGAGGAAUAGAAACAAAAGCUUUGGUUUAUCGGAAGAAGAUAAAAUUAGGUUUCAAGCUCAUAAGAAAGAAAAAAAGGCUACAUACAGGGAAUAUAAAAAUGAUAUAGAAAAAGCAAAAAGUUCUGAAAACUUAAUUGUGGCAAGUUUUGACCUUCAGCGUGUACUUGUAAAUCCCCAUUCAGAAAGUACAUUAAUGUAUUACAGCAGAAAAUAUGCUUACUACAAUUUGACAAUAUACGAAAAUAAAACCCAUGAUGGAAUGUGCUACCUGUGGGGAGAAUGUGAUGGUAAGAAAGGAUCUUUAGAAAUUGCAACAUGUGUGCAGCUAUGGUUAGAAGGAAUAAAUUGAAUGGCAGAACAAAAUGAUACACCUACAGAUGUAAUUUUGUACUGUGAUAAUUGUCCAGGACGAAAUAAAAAUAGAUGUAUAUUCAGUAUGAUUUAUAAGACUGUUCAGACUCUACCUGCAUUGCGCACAAUAACAAUAAAAUUUCUACUGGCGGGGCACACCUAUAUGGGAGCGGACACAGUACAUAGCACAAUUGCAUCUUUCAUUAAAAGACGCAAUGUACUGGCCCCAUCUCAGUGGCCAACCGUCAUCUCAUUGGCAAGAACUACUCCAGGUCCUUUAAUAACAAGGAAACUGGAGUUUUCCGAUUUCAUAAACUGGAGUGGAAUUCAAGAUCAGUUGUUCCCCAUUAACGUUACCACAGACAAUGGUGACAGAGUGAAAUGGUCACAGCUAUGUGGUCUUAAGGUCACCGAAGGAACACAGGAAAUUGAGAUUUGGUCAUCCAGUGUGCAUAAAGAACCGACGACACAAAUUAUAACAAUUCUGAAACGAAGGAAAAUCAUGCCUGAAGUUGGACGGGCUUACCGUCAGAAACACCCCAUAUCAGAUGCCAAGUACAAAGACUUGCAAACUUUAUGCAGGAAAAUGAUAAUUCCAUCAGAAUUCCACCAAGAAUACCUACAAAUGCAGCACGAUUCAAAUGCACAAGACUGUCUUCCUGAGACUGACACAGAAGAUGAAGUUGAAUAAUAUUGCCAGUUUUUUAAUUGUACUCUUUGGUGUUAUUUGGUUAAUUUUAUGAUUAAAAAUAGUGAUAAAUUAACCUCCACAGAACACAAUAUAAUCUCUUGGAUUAGUUGAUGGUAAAAACCAAUGGACAUAUUAAAGAUGGCCCCAAAAAACCUACUCGUGUGAUUUGUAAUAAGGACCCAUCUGACAUUUUUUUAAGAAACUUUUAGUGUAACUCAAUUUAUAUAAUUUUCAUUAGAAAGAUGUCUCUGUGUUACAUCUAUAUGACAAAUUUCACAUUAUUACCAUAAAUAAUUAAAAUACAGUGAUGCAUUACAGUGUGCUCAUUUUGUUUUUCUGCUCUCCUGAAAAGUUUAUGUUUUGUAGGUUAGCCCCUUCUUACAAAUGACAGACGAUUAGUAGUAUACAAAACUCGUAAUUAUCUGAAUUUUAAAAAUAAAUAACAUCCCUAUGCAAACAUUUAUCAAUAUGUAGUUUUGAAUUGUGUUGGUUCAUGUUGGUGGUAAUAUAUCCUAAAGACAUAAUAAUGCAUAUUUAAAUUGUCUCUGGUCACAUUUGUUUGAGAUAACAUUAAAUGAAAUAAUGUAGACAGAAAGGUCCUGAAGAUAAAAUGUCCCUAGAUCCUGAGGGCAUGAUGUAGUACAUGAAGCCUGCUGUACGUAUGUAUGUCGGAAGGUACGUCUAUCGAUCCUGGACAUAAUUUGUGAUAAAACAAUGAACUAUGAUCUUAAGGGUAAAUAUUUACUUGGGCGGUAUUUCCGAAAAAAAAUGUUAAAAAUCCGAAAAUACCUUUAUUUUAUGCUCUUCAACUUCCUCUUUUCAUUAAAAUCGGCGGAGAUUAGAAAUUCCAAAUACUUUAGGAGAUAUUGAAUUUUUAAAUUUCUUCAUAUGUAGUUGAGCGGUAUUUGCGAAAAAAAAUGUUAAAAAUCCGAAAA